AAAACUGAACUCCCAAAUCUUACGAUUUUUCAGAGUCCAAUAAGCAGCGUGCAGUAGCUUCAAAUGUCGGAUCCAAUCGUCCUAUCGGACGGAGAUGACCCAAACACCCCACGCCCUUCCAUCUCCAAGAAACCCAGAACCGAACCGGACCGUCAUUUACAUCCGGUUCUUAUUCUCGACGAUGACCCUACCCCGCAAAAACCGUCUUUGGGUGCCGUCUUCACCUCCGGUUCCACUCCUUCUUUUGUGGCCGAAACUCCGAUGUCAGAGCCUUCAUUCGUCGGGUGUUCCAAUGCUGUCCCUUCAAUCGGGGCUUCGGAGCCUCAGCUUGGACAUGCCAAGUUCUCUGGAAUAAGCAGAUUGAUAUGUUUGGAAUCUGAUAAUGAUUCUGAUACUGGUUCUAAAAGGAACAAUGAUCAGGAGAAUGGAUCAAAGGGCUCCGACAUUGAUGAGUCCGAAGAGUUAGAAUGGCGUUCUAGAUUUUUUGAUUAUGAAUCUCAUAUAGGGAGUUCUAAUCUAAUCCAUAUGUGUGAGGAGGACAGUUCUUCUCAGCCAUUGUAUGAGCAAGAUGAUGGUGAUCAUCUAAUUUUCGAGUUCUAUGGAAUUGAUCAGGUAAAUGAUGAUCCAGACAAAGAAAAUUUUAGCUUGGAGCAGAUGGGUAAUGCAAAAAUGCAUAAUCAAGAAAUGAAAGCUAACGCUGCUGAUAAGAAAAUUACUAAACGUGGAGCAACAGUAAAAAAUAAGAUGACAAAGGAGGAGCGGACUCGUAUGUUGGAAGAAAAGAAGCUAAAGAAAGAGCAAGAGAAGUUGCAAAAAGCAGCUUUGAAAGCUGAAGCUGCAGAGUUAAAAAAAUUGCAGAAAGAGAGGCAGAAAUGGGAAAAAGGAAAAUUUGCUCUAAAAUCUAUUGUAGCUGAAAUUGAUACUAAGGUGGUUGAACUAGGGUCAAUAGGAGGACAUUUACUUUCAAGGUUUGCUGAUAAAGGCCUUACAUAUCACAUAACAUCAAAUCCAAUCGAAAAAUCAAUUGCAUGGACCAUGACAGUUCCCGAACAUAUUUCACAGAUUUUUCCUGAAGGACUAGAGAUUCAAUAUGUAUUAAUUGUUUGUGAGGCUGCAGAGUUUUGUGAUCUAGUAACUAGUGGUACACUUCUGGAUCACGUUUCUAGAGUCCGAAGUAAAUACUCAUCUUAUACAGUUUGCUAUCUGACAAAUAGGCUAAUGGCAUACAUUAACAAAAGGGAAAAUGAACACUACAAGAACCCUGCUAUUGAUAGUGGUUGGAGACAUCCGCCAGUUGAGGAGGAGCUGGCAAAGCUGACUGCAUAUUAUGCCAGGGUACACUCUAGGCAAUGUGCAGAUGAAUCUGAACUGGCUGAACAUGUUGUUGGUUUGACAUGCAGUCUAGCCUCGUGCCAAUUUAGAAAGAAGUUAACGCGACUCUCUGUAAGUGCUAAUGGGUCCCUUAUUCCUAAGGAUUCCAUUGACAAGAAUUUAAUAAAAGGGAACUUGUGGUUAAAAGCCUUGCUUGCCAUCCCAAAGGUCCAGCCACGAUUUGCUCUUGCCAUAGGGAAAAAGUACCCCACCAUGAAAUCACUUUUGCGUGUUUACAUGGACCCUACUAAAUCAGUACAUGAAAAGGAAUUUCUGCUCAAGGACUUGUUGGUAGAAGGGUUAGUAGGAAACGACCGAAGAUUAGGUGAAAUUUGUUCAAAGAGAGUGUAUAGAGUACUCAUUGCUCAGAGUGGAAGCAUCAAAACUGAUGACAUUGAGGAUGGUGCUGAUUUCUUCGCACAUUAGUGGAUAGUCAACUUUUCUUGUUUGCUUUCUUCGCACAUAAGAGAAAUC